GCUGUUAUUGAGCUAACGUACGACGCAUAAAAUGCUGCCGCGGUAGUCAGCGAUGUAACAAGCAUGGAAAGUGCCGCAUGUCUCAGUGUACUGGCCAUCAAUGCGACUAGUGUGUCCCCCCGAACCGUUGUAGUAUCCGAGGAAAAUGACGACGUGGAAGGACCUAGCGAUACGACUGCCCCAGUGGCCUUCACUCGAUCCGUGAUGACGCAUUGCCAAAUUUUUAGGAAUAUAAACGCAUCAUCAGCACCAAUUCCUGAGAAAUAUUUUUCAAAAUUGCUUACAAUUACACAACAUGUAGGUAUUUUAUCAUCUUACCGACAACCACGAUUACCGCUAGCAAAUUCAUGAAUGGAAAGAACGACAACUCAAAGAUAAGCGUAUAUAUGAAGUAGGCGAUGCCAAGAGAAAAUAUCACAGCCACUACUGUCAUCAAAGUUACGAACAGUGAUCGUGUAUAAAGCCACAUAGAAAUUACAACGAAGAUUCCACCCAGUCCGACAAGCCAUCCGUCGCGCAGCAAACAUUCGUCGAAAAGAGCAUUCUUUAGGCCCAUAUCGAUCGCCACCACGGCCACCAGUUCGUUGGAAAGAUUCCUACAGAAAAAAAAACAAAACAUGACAUCAUUAAGCGAGUUCGAAAAGCCACUGUAUUCCAAAGUUCCGGAGCAUCCGGGUGUAUGGCAACCAAAUCGCUACCGAGCAGACCUUGUGAGGUCCGCAACGAUGUCAACAGAUUCCCACCUAAUUAGCGGACAUCGCUUGAAUAACUUAUUCUAUGAACAGCCAGAAGAGCUUCCAUCGUACAACCGUGCGAAUGCAGAGCGCUACGAUGACUUUGUCGCACGCAUGAAGGGCAUAGACAACGGAAGAUACAAUUGUCUACACGAGCAACACUUUGAGGGAAAGGAUCUGGGAAUUCCAACGUUGAUACAAGUUAAAUUAGACCGUGAUAUUACAACUUAUAAAAGACAUUAUUGUGGAUCGCUUCCAGAGCUUGACUCCUUGAACGUACAGCGGAUGAAAAUUCAAGCCAAGAAACGGACUGUGCCCGUUCCGCCAGGAUGGGUGUUCAAGCCCACUUCAUCGGCGGCCGCCCACCGUGGAUUCGAUGAGUUAUCUGCGCUUAUGCAAGCAUCCGCUUUUUUUACCAGAAGGAAAUGAUACUCACUCGGGUUGUAGA